AUGCUACUCCCUUCGCUAAUAAACCUCCGCCGCCCACUCAACACGCCCCUCGAGCCUGAAGACAUCUUUGGGUCCUCCCUCGGGGGCAUCUUCACCGAUGAUACACAGAACCAGCAUGGCGACGAUCCAAACACGGUCAUCUUGUAUCGCAACGCCAAGUUUGGAGAGUUGGAAUUGAGGGUAGCGGAUGUGAAUGGCGAGGAGCAGAGACGAAAGUUUGCGCAUUACCUGUGGAAUGCUGGCGUCAUGAUGGCAGAGCUGGUCAGUGGGCGGGUCGAGGGCGGGGAUUUAGGCGCAAAUGGCAAGGGUUUGCUCGAAGAUGAGGAGGGUUGGAAAGACGGCCAGUGGUGGACGGACAAGGAGGAGGAGAAACAGUGGAGUGUCGAGGGCGAAACGGUGUUGGAGUUGGGUGCAGGCGUAGGAUUAGGUGGGAUUCUUAGUACGUUGGCGGGCGCGAAAGAGGUCGCCAUCACCGACUACCCGGCCGCUCCUAUCCUCGAUACCCUCAAAACCAACGUCGCGAAGAACGUCCCAGCGGCUUUGAAACCCAACGUGACCGUCGAAGGCCAUCAAUGGGGCUCGACAAGCACACCCUUUGAAACUUCGCACGCGCACCGCUACACGCGCAUCCUCGCAGCCGAUUGUCUCUGGAUGCCAUGGGAGCACGAGAGCCUUGCCAAAUCGAUGCUGCACUUCCUUUCCGACAAACCAUGCGCACGUAUAUACUGUAUUGCAGGCUUCCACACAGGUCGCGCCAAGGUCGCGCCCUUCUUCGAAGAGGUGGUGCCGGACCAAGGGCUCGAGGUGGAGGAGAUAUACGAGAUGGAUGUGGAUGGACAGCGGCGGCCAUGGGCCAAGGAGCGCGAUGGCGGUUUGGAAAAUAUGGGCGAGCGGAAAAAGUGGCUCGUUCUGGCGCGGAUACGGCGGGCUGUUCGAUCGUAG